AUGAGUACCUCUUCUCAAUCUCACGUCGCCGCCAUCACCCAAACCGUAAACGCUCUCCUCCUCCGCACCUUCGCCCUGCUCCAGACGCCUCUCUCCGUCUUGACGUUACACCGGGCCCUCAACUCCGCAGACCAAGCCCUCGCAACGGCGUCGCAUUUCCACCGCUUCGACCUGGAGGCCCGCGCGCAUCUCUACCGCGGCCACGUACUGCGCGCCUGGGGUCGUUGGCGCGCUGCACAUGCCGCCUAUGUCCGCGCUGCCAGUGCGAGGGGCCUGGGGUUCUCAGACACGGAUAUACGGAGUCUGACGAGAGAUUGCAUCGAGAUGAUCAGGUUCGAAGAUGAGCGGGAGGAGAGCUUACGACGAGCACACCGGGCUGCCAAGCAAGGGAAGGAAGGCACGAAGGUCGUGCGGUUCUCGGAUGAGCAGAGAACUCUUUCCGUUUUCCAAGAUCACAACGAUGACAACGAUUCGACACGAUCUGGAGAGAGCGCGGAUGAGAAAUAUCUCAUCUUGGACAGCAACGGGGAGGUCGUCGGUAGCCGGGAAAAUCUGCCAGACUUACGGAGUGUACGAGGUAGAUCCGUCUGCAAGAUGCUGACGCGGUGA